AUGCUUAACACUCAAGAAUACAUACCUGAUAUAUGUUGGUCAUCUAGUGAAUCGAGUGACUAUGAAAACGUAUCAUCUAAUUUGUUUUGUGAUGCUAUGACCUUGAAAUCACUUAACCGUAAGAGAAAACGGAAAAAAAGUUUAAACAGAAAUAUUCCCAACUUAAAUGUUAGUAUUAUAAAAGUACCGGAAGUCAAGAAAGAAAUAAACUCACUAGAGAAGUCUCCAAUUUUUAGUUCUACAUGUAAAAUAAAUCAAUGUUUGCAAAGCCCUAUUUUAAAGAAUUUAAAAAACCGCCUUCCAUCUAAUAAAUGUGGUUUAGAUACAGAUUCGUCACCAGUGUUAAAAACUUUACCCACACGUCAAGAAAAUAACUUUCAUAUGAAGAAAAAGAGUCCUGUAUUGGUAUUAAAACAUAGAUCACCUAGUAGGUCACCAAAAAUAAAGAAGAAGCUCUUUGCAUCUGAAAACUAUGAUAUUAACGAAACAUACACAGUAGAAUCUAAGAAUAAAUAUUCAAUUAUAAAAUUAAACAAAUUUUCAUGUGAUGAUCAUAAGUCCAAGGUUAGUAAUGCCUAUCAAAAUAAUAAUUGUGAUACUAUUACAAAUUCAAAACAUCAAGUUCAAAAAUCAGAAAAUAAAUUCAUAACAGAAAUAGAAAAUAAGUUAAAUCAAAUCAAAAGUAGAGAAGAAUCAAAUAAUUUACAUGUUGACAAUACUACAUUUGCAUCACACUCAUUUGUAAAUGUAUUGAAGCCUAAGACUACAAUAGAUUUAGUAAAAAAUGUGCAAUUAUAUUUUGACAGUCAUUUUAGUUCUGAAACUGCUUCACAACAGUCAAUAAGUGAAUGUGAGUCAACACCACAAAACACUUCAAAGUUCAGUGAUGAUGUAGAAAUCGUCAGCUCUAUGACACAAGCGAAAGAUUCCUUACAAGCAGUCGAAGACACAAUAAGCCCAUUAGCACUCAAUGAAAAUUAUGAGACAAACAUAAACUGUGGAAAGUCAAAAAAGGUUAAAUAUAGAAAGGAUGGACUGGCCUUCAGGCUCAGUGGCCUAUUAAAAAAACAGAAUGCUAAAAUCUCUUUAUGGCAACAUGAAAAAUUUCUAGCUCAAAAUUCAAAUUUUCUCAUUCCAAAAAGUGAACACAUUGUUUUCCGAAUUCAAAAAGUCAAUUUUAAAUAUGGCUCCUAUAUAAUUGAAACAAUGGAUUUACAUGACAAAAGGUUUUUAAUAUUUAUAAAUGGAUAUUAUGUUAAGGAUAGUUGCAAUAUUGUUCCUGAUGUUAUAUUAAAGAUAUAUGAACCAUAUAAGAUACUAGAUUUAACAAAUGAUUGUAAACUUGUGGUCAAUGUUAGCAAGUUUGAGUGUGUGCCAAUUGUAAUGUAA